UCUGCUGGUUUCCAUCCCAACCCACUCACGCACGCGUACAUACAGGAGCGAGGUCCACAGAUAACUCUAGUAUCGACACACACACACAUACACACACACAGCUUUUGUGUAGUGCUUUGUGCUGAAGAAAGGAUCAGAAGCAGAUUGUAAAAGAUGGCUAACUUUAAAGGCCAUGCACUGCCUGGCACUUUCUUCUGUCUUUUUGGUUUCUGGUGGUCUCUGAAAUAUCCAUUGCGACACAGCUGGAAGAAGAAACAACAUGGGACGAGGCAAAAUCUACCUCUGUUCUUUAACAGGAUAGACCUCAUUGAGGGGAGUGCAAAAAUCUUCUUUGCUUUUGUUGGCAUCAUGGCUGAGCAGUUUGUACCUGAUGGACCUCAUGCUCACCUUUAUAAUGGGGAAUGGGUGAAACUUAUGAACUGGCAACACAGCACAAUGUACCUCUUCUUUGGUAUCUCAGGCAUUGCAGAUGUUCUUUCCAUGUCCUCACUUCCUGUCCCAGCUGGCCUUGACCGACUUGGACUCUCACUCGCUCUUUUUGUAGAAGGGUUCCUUUUCUAUUUCCACGUACAUAAUCGGCCUGCUCUGGACCAGCACAUUCACUCGUUGCUCCUAGUGGCUGUAUUUGGUGGGGCAGCGAGCACUAUGCUUGAGGCCUUCCUGCGGGAUAACGCUCUUCUUGAGGUGUUCAGGAGCAGCCUGGCUAUUCUGCAAGGCACCUGGUUUUAUCAGAUUGGUUUUGUCCUGUAUCCUCUAAAUGGAGACGAGUGGAAUGAGGAAGACCAUGGCAACAUCAUGUUUAUUACUAUGUGCUUCUGUUGGCAUUACGCAGUAGCUUUGUUGAUUGUAGGCAUGAACUACAGCACAGUGUGGUGGAUCACAAACAGGCAUGGAGGGAAGCAGACAGAAGAUUUAGAAUUCAGCCUCAGAAAAAACACUCAUUCAGACUCCAGUUCCCAGAAGGCUUUGCUCCAGGAAUCAGAUGAAGAAUAGACUUCUGGUAACUAGCAUAUGAAGAUUUUAGCUGAUGGGUACAGUAAAGAUGUGAGUAGGACUUACACUCCCACAGGUAUUCUCACCAAUUCUGCUCCUUCAGAAUUUCUGACCAAUCCCGCCUGCUCCUGUAGGUCUUUUUAAACUAAUCCCACUUGCAAAUGCAUUUUUUGUUUGUGCCAGCCUGCAGUAUCCUCUAGCAGAAAAGCAGUUGAUUUAUAGAUUUAAUUUUAUUUCUUGUCCUUACAGAGCAUUUUAUCUUAAACGUGUAGCUUUAAUGUCCAGUUAUUUAUAGUUUGACUUUAAAGAUUAAGAUUAAAGAUUAAACAGAUUAAAUUGCACUGACAAGCUAGACAGUGGAAUUUUCUUGAAAUAUUAAGAACCCAAUAAUUAUUGUAAUACAUUUGAUAAUGUUGGGCUGUGAUUUCCACAAUUGUAAAAAAAAAAAAAAAUUGAGAACCACUGCACUAAAAUACAGCAAAAAUACAUAGAAUCAAAUUCCUAACACAUAACUAAUUAGAAAUAGAUUAUUGCCUUAUCCAAUUUUAACCGAAUAGUAUAAAUGUUCUUUCUGAACAAUUUAAACAUCAUGAGCCAAUAAUGUGUUUUGUCUGUAAAGUGAGAACAAUGUCAGUAAUCUACUUUAAUUAGUUUGUAAAAAUUAUAAUUUUGUCAGUGAGUUUCAUUGAACCUGUGAAUAAAGUACUUUUUCUAAAAGUG